GAGGGAGUCGAACGGCGUGAGGAGGAGAAGAAAGGAGGCAUCCGGAGGCGCCAGCAUCGGACACGAGCGAGCAUCGGCGGGCAGCGAGCUGGCAGACCUCCCGGUUGGAGGAGAAGGCACGAGAGGCACCUGUCGUGAUCUCCGCGCACGGCGCUCCAUUACGUAAAGGACUUCCUGGUCUCGAUGGGAGGAUGAGGUUACCAAUGGCAGUUUGUGCCCAUGGAGAUCUUUGAUGCCUUAAGAAGGAAUCGGUGCUUCAUCUCGUUGUCCGAACAGCAGGCUCCCCCCAUUGUCCUUCACAAUGGGCUUCCGUGUUCAUUUUGUCGUGGACCCCAUGGGCUGGUGCUGCAUCAGCAUGGUCUUCUUUGUUUGGAUCUACAACUCGUUUUUCAUCCCCAAGCUCAUCCUCUUCCCCCACUAUGAAGAAGGCCACAUUUCUGCUGCCCUCCUAAUUGGUUACUAUGUAGCGUCCGUGUGCUGCGUCACCUCGCUCAUCCGAGCGUCUGUUGCAGACCCUGGGCGGAUACCACAGGACCCUCACAUCCCGCUGACCGAAAAAGAAUUGUGGGAAUUGUGCAAUAAAUGUAACAUGAUGAGGCCAAAACGAUCGCAUCACUGCAGCCGCUGUGGACAUUGUGUGAGGCGGAUGGACCAUCACUGUCCCUGGAUUAACAACUGCGUUGGCGAAGACAACCACUGGCUCUUCCUGCAGCUCUGCUUCUACACGCAGGUCCUAAGUCUGCUGACGCUCGCCCUGGACUUCUGUCAGUACUACUACUUUGAGCCGCUAGCGAGAGUCCAAGAGGAGCUCUUUGUCUUCAAACACGAGUUGGCCUUCCUGAGGAUCUCCACCUUCAUGGGGAUCAUCAUGUUUGGAGGCAUGAGUGGGCUUUUCUACACCCAGCUAACAGGUGUGCUCUCGGACACCACGACGAUCGAGAAAAUGUCUCACUACUUCGAUGACACAUCGAAGCCCAGAAAGCCUUGGCAGCAGACGCUCGCUGAAGUUUUUGGCACUCGCUGGAAGAUCCUGUGGUUUGUGCCAUUCAGGAAGAGGCAACCGCUGCGAGUCUCCCACCAUUUUGCCAGUCACGUGUAGACAGAUGGGCUAAGCUCACUCACCAGAAGGGAAUCUCUGGGCUGGACGCCACGCGGGAGACUUGAUGUGAAGAUGGCUUUGUCACCCUAACGGCCUUCACUUGGGGUGUGUUUUGUUUUUUUUUUAUUCCUCCCACCACAGGACGUUCUGUGGCUCUCAUUGAAAUGUCAAACUACGACGGGGGUCCGAGUGCCAGUCUGCUGUCGGGAUGCGCUCUGACGCGCCACCUUCCGGCUGCCCCUUCACUUUCUCCGUGUCUGCUGCCUAAAUGGCGCGGAGAGGAUCCCAGGCGGCCCUUCCCCACUAUUGAUCGACGAAGACCCCUUUCGCUGUGAAUAUUGAUUUUGGUAGUAAGAGCUUAGGCUGUGUGUGUGUGUGCGUAUGUGUGUGUCACUCGGUGUCACUGUGUGUGCGCGCCUGCGUUACCCGGGAGACGGAGUCCUCGUCCUCCCGCGCUCAUCACAUUCAUUUCAGUGGUGCGGCCGGGCGGGCCUCGUUGUCACCAUUGCCACAAUUGAGAGUGACAGUCGUGCCAGUUAGCGGUGACCUUUGGCGGGCGGAGGGGAGCCGAGUGUCACACAUGGAGAAUGAAGUCUUUGUGCCAAGUCUGCGCUCCAGAGGCCGUGCUUUUGAAUCUUCAGAAGUUCCCUUCCUUUCCAGUUCGGCCUUUUAGGGUUCCGCAGUGACAAGUGACAACUGCCACUUGGCACCAAUUGACCUUUCACUCCGUUAGGAGCUGAUGGGGCGGGCGAGUCGUCGUCUGUCCGGUUUGGUUUGUAAAUAGUUAAAUAUUCCUGUAGAAGUGGCGGCAGCAGCGUCCUCUCGUCCGACGUCCCGUUCAUUCCCUGCCUUCACGCCGGCUGGCCUUGCGUCUUCAUGUCACCCUGAACGUCGUCAUCGUCUUCGGUGGCACACAAAGUUGAGGGUCCCGGUUCUGACAAAAGGGAAGGUUAACUCGGCCCGCCAGCUUGACGUCUGUUUGACACUUUGUGGCCCUGCGGGUGACCCCCUCGGCCAUGUGGUCCACUCCAGAGGGGCUCGUUUAACGCUGGACAGAGCGGGCUGGUUGGCGUUUUCUCGAUUUUCGUGGUGGCUGCUAUUAAAAGCUUUUACUCCAAACCAAAACCAGGCGUUACACGCAAGUGUGGUGUUAGGAGGGGCCAUCGAGUCAGGACCCCCCGCAGCCUCCCUGAAUGCCGGACUGUGUCCCCGAUAUGGCGGCCCACCAGCAGCGGGCACCGUGACGGGUGUGGGUGACCGCCCGCCCUUAGCUGACUGCUCUUUUGUGAUUUGUCUUCUCUGAUUGUAAGUGAGGAAGACCCCGCUGGUCACGGACAGGGGGAUUGCUCCGUCCUUCAUGUCAAUUCGUUUGCUCGCCGUCGGCGGCCCCUCAAAGCCGAGACCCCUGUCGAGUUUAUCACCUGCUAAUGGACACACCGGAGUGAGGCCUGCUGGCCUUGUGGUCUCGUGACAGUAAUGAAGGGGGGUCCUGGGAUUCCCUCCUAACAACAGUGAGACCCGCUGAAUCGGCGGUGGCCUUACGAGGAGAGUCGAUGCCACGCCGGGGUCUCAUUUCUUUGUCCCUAUUGAAUGACCCGACGAUUUGGAACGGUAGACCUCCCAAGAAGUGUGGGAAGGUUAUAGUAACAGAGGGCCGGACAUGCUGGCAUGGGCAUGACCUGGCAGACGCUGCUCAGCCUUCCUGAUGGUCCCCCGAUUUGGGCAGUGGUGCUGGACUGUGGAGCUCCGCUUACGGGGGUCUUACCCAGGACUUAAAGCCGUCCUGCACGCUGCGUGCCACCAAUGAAGCUGGAGUUGUGCUUGGUGACGCCCGCUUGCUCGUAAAGCCCCUCGGAGUCAGUUAUGUGGCACUCGCUCCACGGCUGGCGCCAGUCUUGUAGUGAGACGCCCGCAUUGUCUUCUCAUGGAGGGUCCGCACUUUUGUUUAUUCUCUGAAUUCGUUCCACCCGUUUGUCGACGUCUUCAUUUGAGGAGACCCCACCCUGUCAUCCUUCGUAUAUUUCAAGUUGAACUCGGGUGGUCUGUGCUGGUCCUGUCAAGCUGGUGGCACACCUCGCAUCCCCCUGGCCAACUGGUCCCCCCCCCCCCAGAC